AUGGCAGACGAUCCAAAUCGAGAUAUUUUACCAGUAAGAGAUAACUGCGUGGACACUUGUCGAAGUAGCAUAGGGCUGUACAUAGAUCCCAGAGAACGUCAUAUCGUGGCAAAGCUCGAUCGUUACCAGUUAGAAGACAGGUAUUUACGAUUGCUGGAAGAGGUAAAUCACUUAAAAAAACUGUCAAACCGUCAAGAGGAUAAGAUCAAACGAUUGGCGACAAAGCUAAUGAGAGUGACUGCCAAUCCAAGGCCGUGCGCCGUUGCUUUAGACGUUUACGAGGAUAAGAAUAAAAUAAUCGCUCUUGAACUCGAGAAUUGCAAGUUGAAAGAUAAAAUCUCGGUGCUGAGGAAUCAACUGUUGAGUCACACGAUAGGCGGUAGAUCGUCAUCGAGAAGUCGUAAUCCCCAGGCGAGGCCGUCGUCCGGACGCAUAACGUGUCGAAGCGAAAACAGCCGUACCAGGGUAUCGUCAUGUCAGUGCAUCGCUGAGACAGGGAACGACGACAGUGAUGCGCAGAAUAAUCUCGAUAAAAUCGAGGAACUGGAGGCAGAGAAGAAAGAAAUGUCUAAUCGGAUAGGUGAACUUGAGAAAGAACUGUCUACUUGCACGGCCGCCAACCAGAGGGAGAAAACCGCGGAGAACGUGGAGUACAUAAGAGUCUGGCGACAAAUGAAGCAGCUGAACGAUAAACUAAUAGCCGCCGAGAACGAGAACGAGUCGUUGAAUGUGCAAAUCAACGAUCUGAAGAGCAUGCUCGAGGAGAAGACGAAGAGCAACGAGGAGAUCAGGACGGAGCUGUUGACGGAGAAGAAGCGAACGGCAGAGAUGGAUGAGCAGAUGUUGAAGGCGAAGGACUCUCAGCUGUCGUUACGAGAGAAGGACGAGCGGAUAAAGGAUCUGGUGAACGAGGUGAAGAUUCUGCAGCAGCAUAACAACGAGCUCAUCGACCUCAGCUCCAAAUACGGCGAGGUCGAGCUAGAGAACAAAGAGCUGAAGAAAAAAGUGACCAGGCAGCUUCACGAUCAGGAAAAUUUGAAAACUGCGUUCAACACGGAACAGGCGAAUAUCGUGUCUCUGCAAACAUCCAACGAACAGUUGUUUGGGAAACUUCAAGAGCUGCAGAAGAACAUAGACACUUUAACGGUACAGUUAACGACUUUCCAGAAUCAAACAGAGAAACAGGAAACGUCAAAGGAAACGCAGAUAUCAACAAAGCAGACCGACAUGAAGAAAUCAGCUGCGGCUGAUAAACACGCGUCGUACAAAGAUACCGCUAUUCAAGCAGAGAAGUGUAGCAAAUGCUGCGAGGCGCUCGAGAAGAUAUUGCAAGCGGAUAUUGUCAAUAGAGAAAUAAAAUGCAGUAAAUGUUGCAACGAUAGUCUUCACCAACCGUCGAGAAUCGUUAAAAUGAUGGACAAUUCGUCGCAGACUGAGAAUAAUACAGUUAAUUCCGGGAAUAAGAAGGAUCAAGGAUCGUCGAUCGCGACACCGAAGAAACAAAAAUCGAAGAAAGAAGAAUCGCCGACUGUGACACAGAAUGUGGAAGCUCCAACGAACACAGAGAAUUCUCUGACACCGGAAACGAUGCUGAAGCUGUUGGAACAAGCGCAGAUUAACAGAUUCUCUCAGAAAAAAAGCACGAGCAACGGUGUGGAUCACAACGAGAUCCUGGAUCAAAAUCAGAGACACAGCGACAGAGAGACAGAAAACGCAGCUUUUCAAGCCAGAUAUCAGCAGCAAGAGAUGAAUAAAGUCACGAGUGGCCCUCGACCUCAAGACAAGCAAUUAGCAGAUCCCAAUAAAAUUCUAUCAGUUUUGUUUAACAUUCUACAAGAGUACUGUUCACCAUGCAGCACACCUAACGAAGUCAGCACGUUGUAUCGAGAACCUGUGUUGAUGAAAGACGUGAAUAACAACAUCGAUGUAGCAGCUCAAGUCUCGAGCAGCAUCUUACGAACCAGUUGCAACGCGAGAAAAUUCUGUUCGAGCCCGUACAACAAACUACGACCGGAUAAAUUCAGAAGGAAAUGUUUCUCAGGUGUUAAGAAGUGUGUUAAGAAGUAUAAUCGUCCAGCAAAACCUGUCGAGACCAACGAAUGCAGCUGUAACAGCUCGAUGAAGUGCAACGCGAAUUCAGAUUGCGAAGGACGUUGCUGCGGUGUGAAAAAUAUGGAAACAGCGAAGAAGAAUGUCUCGAAGAACUUGAAGAUCGAUCCUUUCAACAAUGCUGUCACUUUCUCGGAACAUUUGACGAGAACCUUGGGCACGACCAUCGUUCCUCGUCAGUUGCAGGACGAUUCCAGCGUGUACAAUUCUUGGGAGAGACGUAAGUCUGUACCGAUGACCAAGGAGGAUGAAUCGUUGCACGAGCACAUUAGGCAGUUGGAUAAAUACAGGAACAUCGUGAACAGCGUGGCUGGAAUUCCAUUGCAAGAAAUAGUGGAUCACGCGAAAAUCACGGACACGAUGCUAUGUAAGAAUGAUCAUGAAGCAUCUGAGUCGCAGAUGAAGUCUUCUUGCAGCCUCGAUUGUGCAAACGAGUGUAUGGAUACUUCAAGUUUCGUAUCAGACACUUUUCCAAUGGUAAUCGCGGACGGCCAGGGUCUCGUCGAACUCCACAUUAUAUCCUUGCAGCUUUCCACUUGUGCUGGACAAAUCCUCUAUCGCGAAGGAGAGAUCAACAAGGUGUCCUUGUUCGUCAGCUGGGACAUAUGGAACCAAGAAACAGCUUGCACUCCUACUUUGAAGUGUCCUAAAUUGAACUUCAAUUCCUCCUUCGUCUAUCGAAUCUCCGACCUCUGCUCCUUCUUCAGCUACGUUCUCCAGGAAUUCGUGAUCUUCGAGGUGAACGUGUUGCACGAGGACAGCGAUAAUUACCUGGUAGCCAGAGGGAGGUUGAGCAUCAAGGAUAUACUGGAUUAUCCACAGAACAAGUUGCACUACAUUGCACCGGUGAACAGCGUGGCUCCUUGCUCAGUUGGAAUGAAUUUUGGACAGUUGUCGAUGUGGGUCAGGCUGAGCUGCGACGUGGAGAAAGUGGAGGAUUUCAAGAGGAAACGAGGGAUACGCAGUGCGCCUAUCGAGGAGAGUAUUGCUUCAGAGGAAGCAAUGAUCAGGUCUGCGAGGGUUAUCGCAGAGCCAAAGAGGAAGCAUGUUCAAGUUGUGUCUAAAGAGGUUGUUUCUAAGCAGGAUGGUCAGGCUAAUCUGGGCUUUAUGGGCGAGUCAACGAUACAAUCAAUUCUCGAUAAAAGUUCUCUAACCGUGGUGAAGGAGAGCGAAGAGGAAGUAGAGCAUAUGCUGUCUGAACAGAGACAGAUUGGGAGCAAUAUAAUUCAUCAUAAAGACGUUUUCCCCAGUGCACUAGAAUGGGGAAGUCCGUCUGAUGGUACAACAAGGGAUCCUUUACGAGACAGCAUAAUACCGAAGGAGACUGUAGAUCUGUCGAGACCUGAGCCUGAGAUGAAGACGUCGAGCGUGAUGGAAUUCAAUGCUGUCAUAUCUAACGACGAACAGAAUGAUGCGGCAGCGAAUAUGUCCGCCAAGACAGAAUCGAUCCACGAUCUGACGAACGUGCUCUCGGAGAAGAAUUGGGAAAACCGUACAUUAUCCGCUCUCGAGGAAACUAAACGUAUUUAUAAGAGUGAAUUUUGGGGGUCAGGUAUCGAGGGCGAGGAACAGGACAGUCUCGAGUCUCUGAAGGACGGUGUACGAUUCCCGUUGGACAAGGAUAUGAUAAUCAUCGAGGUGGUGAGCUUAACCAUAUUCCCGCAGACAAGCUUGAUGCAGAAUAAGGAAUAUCAGUUACUUUACAUCGAAUACUGUUUUCUGGGCUUUUGCGGGGCCGAGAUGGAAACUGUCUCCUUGCAGAAACCGCAGCCACCGAACCAGCAGUUGGCGUACAAUUUUAAGAGAAGGUUUCUGGUGGACGAGGAGAAGCACACGUUGCAGAAUAAUAUCCUACGCGCGAUGCUGGACAAGACUGCCAAUCCUAAUAUAAAGUUCAUCGUAGUUUGCGAACCGCUUCCUGACGAAACUGACACGAAAGAAUGCGUGGAAGUAGGGUUUGCUAACUUUAAUAUAAGAGAGUAUGCACUGAUGGACAGCGAGAAAUUCGUGUCACUGCCGGUGUACGAUCCUGAUGAGAACGAACAGAUUGGUUUGCUCAAGGUAGAACGAUGA